AUGUAUAUCGCCCGUCAAUCUCCUCUCGUUCUUGGAGAGAGGUCUACCUACCCAACUCACAAUCUACCUACCUACCUACCUACCCUCACAAUGAACACAACUACUCCCUCCUCCUCCAUCACCAUCCGCACCCACAAACCCUCGGACAUCGACUGGAUCAUCAGCCGCCAUGCCGCCCUCUACGCCACCGAAUACAACUUCAACGACAAGUUCACCACCCUUGUCUCGCAAAUCGCCCGAUCCUUCCACCAAACCCACCACCCGGCCCUCGAACGCUGCUGGAUCGCAGAACACACCGCCAGCACCGGCGACCCGACCCCAGUCGGCUGCAUCAUGCUGGUCAAGGACAGCACUGAAGGCCCCGACACGGCGAAGCUGCGCCUACUGCUUGUCGAGCCGAGUGCGCGCGGCAUGGGCGUCGGCAGGUCCCUGAUCCGGACAUGUGUGGAGUUUGCGCGGCAGGCGGGAUAUCAGCGGAUCGUGCUGUGGACGCAGAGGGUGCUGGAUUCGGCAAGGCGGCUGUAUGCGGCGGAGGGAUUCCGGUUGAGUCGGGAGGAGGAGCAUGAAGGGUUUGGGACGGUUUUGGUCGGGGAGAUCUGGGAGAGGGAGUUAUAG